CCGACCCCGGAAAUGUGAAAAGGAAAACAUACUUUCGGUUCCAAUAUAAUAUCUGUUACUGAUUAACCAUGAUCAUCAGUUUCUGCUUCUGUGUAUUUGCAGUGCUGAUUAAUAAAGUGUGUCUGCAGAUCACAGUAGAGGCCGUAAUAGAUGGUUCUGUUGUCCUGCCGUGUUCUUCAACUCAGCAUGAUCGUAAACUUCAAGACAUUAAUGUGCAUUGGAGGCACAAUAACCGUGAGAUUGUGUAUGAUAUAAUCAGUGGUAAAGAUUCAGUAGAGUUACAGGUCCAACGGUACAAGAGCAGAGCUAAAACUUUUCCUGAUGCGUAUCUGAGAGGAAACUUCUCUCUUGAACUCAUCAAUCUUCAACACGCUGAUGCAGGAAAAUACACCUGUCUCAUCUCACACUCAUCUGAACAUUCAUCUGUAAAGCUGAUUGUCAAUGAGUCAACAACAGAAAAUGAAACCAAAUCACCAAAAACAGAAUAUGGAACCAAAUCAGCUGAUCAAGGAAACGAAGAAGCAGAACAAGAUGCUACAUCAUCAUCUUUGCUCUGGGUUUACAUUGGAGUACCUGCAUUAUUAAUAGCGCUUAUAGCCUGUUUGAUCGUCAUCUAUAGAAAAAAAAUUAAAGCGGCAAUAUUCUCUCCUGUUACGACUGAAGAUAAACAACAGCGACAGGAAUAAAUAUGUAAAAGUUUCAAAACUUAUUUUAACUAAUUUGUUACAGCUUUCAUUGUUUCAUUCUGGUGUCAGAGACACUGUUUUGUGCUCUUAUAUUCUUGCUGUUUGUACUGCGUUGCUCUUAGUAUAUAACAGAAUGAUCUCGAAUUUUUUUUUUUUUUAGUUGAAAGAUACAUGAUUCUGUGAAUAUGUUAGUGCCUUAACAGUUCUGUACCCAGGGUUCGUACAGGGUGCUUAAAGUGCCUAAAGUAGUUGAAUUUGACUGGAAAACCCUUGAAAACAACAUUUAUGUAAAAGGUACUUGAAAAGUACUCAAAUUUUUCAAAGGCAGUAUAUGUGAAAUUAAUGUUCAUUUUUGUUUUUUAAACAGUCUUUUGAAGCAAAAUUACCAAUGCAGCACAUCUGAUAUAAAUACAGGGCCAUUUAACCAGGCUUUCAGGAGUGCAUGAGAUCUCGUGACAGUGAUACUCCUUAAGGUAAAGCAGAGUUUGUGGUGAAACCUUUAAUUGUGCUUGCAUUAUAUUGUUCAGGCUUUUACUGUAUAUGCUGUGAGUAUAUGUCUAUUUUUAUUACUAAAAAUAUCAGAUUACUCAAUUGUCAAAAUAAUCCGUAGAUUACUUGAUUACCAAAAUAAUUGUUAGUUAUGGCCCUAGAUUAGUUAAAACAUUUCAAAAUACAACUGCAUUGUUUUGCUUUUUGUGAUUAGAAGACAAGUAUUAUGAUGUAACUUUAAUUUAUCAGGUCAGUCAUAUAUUCAUGAAAAAAAAUUAAUAAGGAAAGCGAUAACUUUGCCAUAGUGUCCUUUCAAAUGUUAAAAUUGCCUCAGUCAUUGCAUGCUUUGCAUGUGCUGCACUUUUUUUGUACCAAUUUGUUUCAUUUAUUUAUUAGAAUUUGAAAGAUAAUAAUGAUAUUGUUCGACAGGUGAGAUCUCUGAUUUUGGUCCUUGAAAACCCGAAAAGUAGUGCUUGAAAAGUCCUGGAAUUUCAUUUUGCAGUAUCUGUGUGAACCCUGUGUACUACAAGUGUUUGUGUGUUUGUUUGUUUUUGUUUGUUUUCCUUUUUUUGUGUUUGCAAAUAUUAAAUGCAUUUUGUAUUAUGUAUUUUUAUUUAGUUUAUUAAAUAAUAAUUUAAAUUAGACCUGCACAUCAUUUAUGAAAUCUGAUUUAUUAAUUCCUGCUUCAUACAGUGUGCAGAAGACAAAAUAUUAGCAUGGUACUCAAGAAAUACACUAUAUACUUCUACAGGCUACAGACCAAAAUUGUAUUUGCCUGUUGUUUUAUCUUCUGUAAACAUGUUAAAAUGUAUAUUUCUGACUUUUGUUUUGUCCACUGUCUGAGACUCUGUUUAUGCCAGGGUGAUACAUAUUUUGCUGCUUGUGGAGUUUUCUUCCAAAAUAAGUCCAGAAAUGGAGUUCUGUCUUCUAGGUGAAUUAGUGGCAUCUUUCUAGUGGGCACUAAUGUGCAGGUUCUGCUCCUGACAUUGCAGAGCUUGAGCCUAGUAUGAACUCAGGUCAUUUUUUUAUGUGAUUAAUAAAGUGUAUUGUCCCAA